AUGUCUGUUUGCCAACCACGAGCUGAGAUCGAGAGGAGCGAGACGUGGGUAGGCUUUGGAGAUGGUGUCCCGUGUGUUCUCGGGAUCGAUGAGGCAGGUCGAGGACCAGUUCUCGGGCCUAUGGUUUAUGGAUGUGCUAUCUCUCCUAUAGACAGAGACAAUGAACUGCGAGAGUUGGGCGUUGCGGACUCGAAAGCUCUCACCGAGACUAAACGUGAAGAAAUUUUCGAUGACAUGAAUAGCAACGAAGCAACCAAGCAGGUUGUUGCGUAUGCCAUAUGCUGUUUGUCUGCCCAACAUAUUAGUACCUCCAUGAUGAAACGGUCAAAGUGUUCUCUCAACGAAAUAUCGCAUGAUGCUGCUAUAAGUCUUAUACACGAUGCAUUAUCAUCAAAUGUAAAUGUUGUAGAGAUCAAAGUGGAUACGGUAGGACCGAAGGCAACGUACCAAUCUAAACUUGAGAAGAUUUUUCCUGGGAUUUCUAUCACGGUAACCGAAAAAGCUGACGCUCUAUUUCCUAUUGUUAGUGCUGCAUCUAUAGCUGCUAAGGUCACGCGUGACCGUCGUCUACGUGCCUGGAACUUCGCCGAACCUGGUGUGAAAAUUCCGGCAGGCGGUUACGGUAGCGGUUACCCAGGAGAUCCAAAUACAAAGAAGUUCUUGGUUGACAGUCUGGAUCCCAUAUUUGGAUACUCGUCUUUAGUGCGGUUCUCGUGGAAAACUGCCGAGGUUAUAGUGGACAAGAACUGUGUGAAGGCAGAAUGGGAGGAGCAGGAGGCUAGCGCACCUUCAGUGAAGGGAUGGCUCACUUCAAAAGUGGACUUGCCUAAAAGGCAUUCCUACUAUGCUGAUAGGCAUAUUCAAAAUAUGGGGUCUUGGUUCAGCCUGUCGACCAUUUUAAGUAUUUUAACAGCGUAUUAUAUUGCAUCUAUGGUUGCUACUUUCUAUAGAAUAUAUUCAGUUCCUUCCUGUAAAAAAGGUCUCGCAUGUGGAAAGCCUCUUCUCCCCAUCCAAAAAGACGGGAAGUUUCCGUUGAUUCAAUUUCGGUUAUAUGUUUCCGAUAAGAGUUACACUGUUGGGACUAUGGCAAAACUGGUCAACGAUUUCCAGUUAGCAGAACCGCAAGACAUAGAGGUGAAUAUCUCGCUUCCUCUUCAAACUAGACAGAACGGCACUAUGUAUUUAUACUUUGUCUUCUUGCCAAACGAAACUCCGGAAAAUAAGGACCAUAAGAUGACACCGUGGUAUAGUUUGCAAGGACUCCUUGCCAGUGCAUAUCGUGAACCUGAUCGUAGUUUCAACUUGAUUAGCGGGCAGCUUGAAGAGUUUAAUAAUUCAACUGAGAAACUCCCACCGAUCACUCAUGUUCGAUCUGUUGUGAAUAUAAUGAGUUUGGAAGACUCUCCUGAACUAUCUCUUCCCGAACUGCCAGAGAUUACUUUGAACGGAAAUGAUGAUGGUUACUUCCCAAUGCUCUACGUAGCCGAGCUACUCAAUCGGGAAAAGGAUCUAGUCGAGGUUAGCAUCACGUGA